GAUCCUGCUCUCUCUGGUCCGGUCGCAGUCCCCGUCUAGGCGUGUUGAUGACGCGGUGCCCGUGCUCCCCAGGGGUCCAGGCCCAUUUGUCGGGCUGCAGUUGGCGGGUGGCGUCUGAGAUGCAGUCCUGACAGCUGCGGGAGGACCCGAACCGAAAGCCGAGGCUUGGAGUGGGGAGGCAGGACGAAACAGACUCCCCCUGGACUCCGGACACAGCUAGGGGGUGACCAGCGAGCGGCAGGACGCCUGGCCCUGGAGGCCUGGCCCGCGUGGGACAGUCGUGGGCCCACCUGCUCUAGAGGGCCGAAGCGUGCGUUGGGAAAGUCCGACUCUGGGACCACAGUUCUAAUCUUGUGUCCAUCAGGGAGCUGGUGGUCACCAUGGCAAUGCGGGAGCUGGUGGAGGGCGAGUGUGGGGGUGCUAACCCGCUCAUGAAGCUGGCCACCCACUUCACCCAGGACAAGGCCCUUCGGCAGGAGGGACUGAGGCCUGGCCCUUGGCCCCCAGGAGCCUCAGCCGCCGAGACGGUUUCCAAGCCCUUGGGAGUAGGUUCUGAAGAUGAGUUGGUGGCAGAAUUCCUGCAGGACCAGAAUGCACCCCUUGUAUCCCGGGCCCCUCAGACCUUCAAGAUGGAUGACCUCCUGGCAGAGAUGCAGGAGAUUGAACAGUCAAACUUCCGCCAGGCACCUCAGAGAGCCCCUGGUAUAGCAGACUUGGCCUUGUCUGAGAAUUGGGCCCAGGAGUUUCUUGCGGCUGGAGAUGCUGUGGAUGUAGCUCAGGAUUAUAAUGAGACUGACUGGUCCCAAGAAUUCAUCGCCGAAGUCACAGACCCCUUGUCCGUGUCCCCCGCCCGAUGGGCUGAGGAGUAUCUGGAGCAGUCUGAGGAGAAGCUGUGGUUGGGAGAGCCAGAGGGAUCAUCUGCCACCGAUCGGUGGUACGAUGACUACCAUCCCGAGGAGGACCUGCGGCACACAGCCAGUGACUUUGUGUCCAAAGUGGACGACCCCAAACUGGCUAACUCUGAGUUCCUGAAAUUCGUGCGACAGAUUGGCGAGGGGCAGGUGUCCCUGGAGUCCGCUGCAGGGUCGGGCCGAGCUCAGGCAGAGCAGUGGGCAGCAGAGUUUAUACAGCAGCAGGACACAUCAGAGGCCUGGGUCGAUCAGUUCACAAGAUCAGGAAACAACACAGCUGCCCUUGAUGUGGAAUUUGAGCGAGCCAAGUCAGCAAUAGAGUUGCAGGCAGAGUUGGAGGAGAUGGCAAAACGGGAUGCUGAGGCGCACCCCUGGCUGUCUGACUAUGAUGACCUCACAUCCGCUUCCUACGACAAGGGGUACCAGUUUGAGGAGGAGAAUCCCCUGCGGGACCACCCUCAGGCUUUUGAAGAAGGACUGCGUCGACUUGAGGAGGGAGACCUGCCCAAUGCUGUGCUGCUUUUUGAGGCUGCCGUGCAGCAGGACCCUAAGCACAUGGAAGCUUGGCAGUAUCUGGGUACCACCCAGGCUGAGAAUGAGCAAGAGCUCCUGGCUAUCAGUGCCCUGCGGAGGUGUCUGGAGCUGAAGCCAGAUAACCGGACAGCACUGAUGGCGCUGGCUGUAAGCUUCACCAACGAGUCCCUGCAGCGGCAGGCCUGUGAGACCCUGCGAGACUGGCUGCGCUACUCACCGGCCUAUGCCCAUCUGGUGACCCCUGGUGAAGAAGGGGCGAGUGGGGCAGGACUGGGUCCCAGCAAGCGUGUCUUGGGAUCCCUGUUGUCUGACUCCCUGUUUCUCGAAGUGAAAGAACUCUUCCUGGCAGCUGUGCGUCUGGACCCCACAUCCAUCGACCCUGAUGUGCAGUGUGGCUUGGGAGUCCUCUUCAACCUGAGCGGGGAGUACGGCAAGGCCGUGGACUGCUUUACGGCUGCCCUCAGUGUUCGUCCCAAUGACUAUUUGCUGUGGAACAAACUUGGGGCCACACUGGCCAAUGGGAACCAGAGCGAAGAAGCUGUAGCCGCAUACCGCAGAGCCCUCGAGCUACAGCCUGGGUAUAUCCGGUCUCGCUAUAACCUAGGCAUCAGCUGCAUCAACCUUGGGGCUCACCGAGAGGCUGUGGAACACUUUCUAGAGGCUCUGAACAUGCAGAGGAAGAGCCGGGGCCCUCGGGGCGAGGGGGGCGCCAUGUCGGAGAACAUAUGGAGUACCCUGCGAUUGGCCUUAUCUAUGUUAGGCCAGAGUGAUGCCUAUGGGGCAGCUGAUGCUCGGGAUCUGUCUGCCCUCCUAGCUAUGUUUGGCCUGCCCCAGUGACAGUGGGAUGGGCUGCCCUGUGAGUGUCUGCCUAGAGGGGUUCUCGCUCUGGAUGUGACUCCCUCUCCUCCAAUGGGCCUACCAAGGGGUUGGGCUGAUGACCACAAGCGGUACGACCUCUCAGGAGCUGCCUCGACGUAGGGGUGCAUGGUCUGUGUCCUAGGUCCUACAUAAUUGUAGGGAAUGAGCUGUCUCUGUCCCUUGGUAAUUCAAGGGCUAUGUACCCAGCUACAGAUCUCUUUCUGCUCAUCAUGCCCUUUCCUGGUGCUGAGUUUCGGGUAGGACCCAACGACAUAGGGAAAUUGUUGUCAUCAGCUGCCGUUUGUGUUAGGGUCUACCACAUUUGUAAGUCUCUCCUCGCCCUACUCUUACUGGGAAUUGGUAACAGUUCAGCUUCCUCGGGCAGUUAUAAGAGGUUCUCCUGGCAGCUGUGAUACUGUAUGGGAAGGAUGCUAGCUGUUGGCCUGUUAAGGGAAACGUUGAUGUUGCUCCCCAGAGCCGAGCUUGGGACACUUGCUCAUAGUUUU